AUGUCUGCCGCCCUCUCCCAAGCCCUUCCCACUGGAUUCAGCCUCGUUGGCGGAGUUCCUCUCAAGAACCCUGACCUCGCAGCCUCCAUCAUCUUCCUCGCCGCCUGGGCGCUCCUGACCCCUCUCCUCGUUUGGCGCUUCGCUGUCCGCCGCACUCGCAUUGCUGUCCUCAUCCGCCCGGCUGUCGUGAUCGUCAUUCGCAUCGCCACGUUCGUCAUUCGAGCGCUCGAAGCGAACGGCAACUAUGCGACGAGCCUUUUCAUCACGGAGCAGGUCCUCUUGCUGAUCGGCCUCAUCCCCCUCUGCGAGCCGCUCAUCUCGCUCCUCCGCUUCCACGUCCGCCGGUACUGGACGCCCUCGCCCGCGGACGGACCAAAGGAGCGCAAGACGAUGCUAAACCGCCUUCUCACCCUCCUUCGAGUCGCCUUGAUCAUCGCCAUCGUCCUCGGAUGCGUUACGAGCGCCGCCAUGACGGACCCGAGCAAGGUCGACUCGCUCAAGCACUACCGCUACGGAAUCAUCGGCAUCACGCUCUUCAUCUCCAUUCUCUCGCCCAUCAUCGCAAUCGUCGUCUCGGCGAAAAAUGGGCUUCCGAUGGCUCCGGUCUACUUCCUCAUCGGCUGCGCGGCGUGCUUGGCUCUCCCUCAGAUCGUUCCCUCAGUCUACAAGCUCAUCAUCACGCUCAACCCCGUCUCGCUCAUCUCGCACGGCGCGAAAGCCGGCUUCUACAUCUUCUCAUGCGUCCCCGAAGUCGUCCUCGCUGCCUUGUACUUCGGCUUCGACCUCGAGCGGAUGUUCGACGUCAACGAGGGGGCGUGGAAGGAAAAGGUCGAGAAGAAGAUGCAGAAGGGCAAGUGGGCUGGCGCGUACACUUCGAAGAAGGAGUACGAGAUGCGGGAGGUGCCGAACCAGCGGAUGGCGAGUGGUGGAACCGACCUCGAGGAAGGGAAGUAUUGA